AUGACACUGACCAGCCAGCUGUUGCCCUUCAAGCUGGACCCCCCCGGCCUGCUGGGGGAGGCGGAGGCGGGGCUGAGGUGCGAGCAGGAGAUCGAGCGGCGCUACCAGAUUGUGCCGUCGGUGGUGUGCUCCAUGUGCUGCCUCUUCGGCGUCAUCUACUGCUUCUUCGGCUACCGCUGCUUCAAGGCGGUGAUGUUCCUGACGGGACUGAUGUUCGGCUCGGUGGUGAUCUUCAUGCUGUGCUACAAGGAGCGUGUGAUGGACACUCAGCUGAGCGUGGAGGCCUCGGUGGGCAUCGGCCUGGGCAUCGGCACGCUGUGCGGCCUGGUCACCAUGCUGGUGCGCAGCGUGGGGCUGUUCAUGGUGGGCCUGCUGCUGGGGCUACUGAUGGGCGUGGUUUCCCUGGUGGUGAUGGAGGAGUUCUACCACCCCCAGACGGUGUGGGUGCCCCUGGGAGUCCUGCUGGGCUCCGGGACCCUGUUCGCCGUGCUGACCCUGCAGUGGCAGCGCUGCUUCGUCACGCUGUCCACCGCUACCUUCGGGGCGGCCGUCAUCACCGUCACCGUGGACUACUUCAUCGAGCUGUUCGCCCUGGUUUACUACAUCUACGAAAGGCUCAAGGUGGCGCCAAAGAGGCCCGUGUGUUGGUUCACCUGGGUCAUCCUGGGGGUGUGGCCUGUGCUGGCCCUCCUGGGUGUGCUCAUCCAAUGGAAAGUCACCGCCGAGGGAUACUCCCACACAGAGCUGGUCCUGAGCAGGCAGCAGCGCCGGGUGCAGUUGAUGCGUAUCCACCAGCGGGAGGAGCGCGUGAAGAAGGAGAAGGAGAGCAAGAAGAAGAAGAAGAAGCAGGGCCAGAAGCCCAGCCUCAAGGCGGGCCAGAAGAGCCAGUCCCUGCACCACCACCACCACCACAGCAGCAGCGGCGGAGGCGGCGGCAGCAGCAGCAGUGGCAGCCACCAGCAGUACCACCACCCGUCAGCGUCCCACCCCCACCACCAGACCCAGGGCUCCCACUCCACCAAGGCCCCCCCGCCCCAGACCGAGCCCGGGUACCACCGCAAGACCAACCCCGUGCGGCGAUUCGACGGGGACGUGCUGUCGCCGAGCUAUAUCCGGAGCUUCAGGGACAGACAGACGGAUAGACGGGCCUACUCCCACACCAGGAUCAGCCGCUCCCGCAUGGCGGAGCUCGACUACGACUGUGGCUCCCAGGUGCCCCUCACGGCCCCUAGCGGGCCCCCAGUAUGCGUCUGA